GCCAUGUUUACACUGUGUUGGGACAUCACUUGGCAGCACAACGGCGUGACAAAGUUAUGGGGGAAAUACUAGAAAAACAAAUUGAGCACUUUGCUGUGUGUUGUUCGUACGGAUAGCUAAACUUCUCUGAUAGUUGAUCUUCAGAUGAAACCACCACCUGUCGUCCCAAGAGGUCAUCUAAGGAUAUCUAACUUCUCCAGUGCCCUUUUCAGAGGGUUACCUUGCUGGUGAGGAUUGAAUUUUGCUUUUUUCAAGCAGAGUGGUUCUGUAGCUGUUUGCAACAACUCAUGAGAACUGCCUGAUUUGGACAAAUGCAUUAUUUUCUUCUUUUUUUUAAGUAUACAAGAAUUCCUUCAAUCCUACGGUCCCCGAAAGUGACUGAUCUAUGAAAUGGCAGAAAAUGGAACGGACUGUGACCAGAGGCGCAUAGGGAUGAGCAAAGAACAGCACAAUGGAAACUUCACAGAGCCCUCUUCACUGAGCGAACAGAAGCGGAAAGAGCGAGACGAGCGUCAGAGUAUCGUCCUCUGGAGGAAGCCACUCAUUACCUUGCAGUAUUUUUCCCUGGAAGCGUUACUAAACUUGAAAGAAUGGACCAUAAAGUUGUGGCAUCGGCGAAGUAUCGUGGUGUGUCUUUUACUGCUGCUUGCUGUCCUUACAUCUGCGUAUUAUAUCGAGGGAGCCCAUCAACAGUAUGUGCUUUAUAUGGAGAAAAAGCUCUUAUGGUGUACCUACUGGGUAGGCUUAGGGAUCCUGUCCUCGGUCGGACUUGGAACGGGUCUUCAUACCUUUCUGCUCUACUUGGGCCCACACAUAGCAUCCGUGACGCUUGCUGCUUACGAAUGUAACUCCGUGGAUUUCCCUGAACCGCCCUAUCCUGACCAGAUUAUUUGCCCUGACGUAGAGGGGGUCGAAGGAUCAAUUUCUUUAUGGACCAUCAUCUCAAAAGUCAGGCUGGAGGCCUGCAUGUGGGGUGCUGGUACAGCCAUUGGGGAGCUGCCUCCGUACUUCAUGGCCAGAGCCGCCCGUCUCUCCGGAGCAGAGCCUGACGAGGAGUAUCAGGAAUUUGAGGAGAUGCUGGAACAUGCAGAGACCGCACAGGAUUUCGCCUCCCGUGCUAAGCUGGCAGUCCAGAACCUCGUGCAAAAAGUCGGUUUUUUCGGCAUCUUGGCAUGUGCUUCAAUUCCAAACCCUCUCUUUGACCUAGCGGGAAUAACAUGCGGCCACUUCCUCGUUCCCUUUUGGACUUUCUUCGGCGCCACCCUGAUCGGAAAAGCAAUAAUCAAGAUGCACAUACAGAAACUUUUUGUGAUUAUUACAUUCAGCAAACACAUAGUGGAACAGAUGGUGUCCUUAAUUGGCGCUGUCCCGAGCGUAGGUCCGUCUCUUCAAAAGCCCUUUCAAGAAUAUUUGGAAGCUCAGCGGAUGAAGCUCCACCACAAAGCAGAUGGAGCACCCCAGGGUGAAAACUGGUUGUCAUGGACAUUUGAAAAGCUGGUGAUUGUCAUGGUGUGCUAUUUCAUCUUGUCCAUUAUUAACUCCAUGGCUCAGAGUUACGCCAAGCGCCUCCAGCAGCAGAUGUUCUCAGAGGAGAAAACCAAAUGAGUUUAUGGAGGGAAAGAGGGACCCCACACUUAAUUGGGAUGACCAGCCUCGCAUUAAAAAAAAAUGGCAUUAUUUGAAAAAUGGGGUGUGGGAGAGGGUGGGUCGAGGGGGUAGUUGGGGGGGGGGAAUUACUAUUAUUGUUUUCCAAAAUAACUCUGCCAUUAGAGUAACUCUGCCAUUAGUAAGUGAUUCUCAUUGACCGCCGUUUGUACGUUCAAGGUAAUGUGCGUGCUCUUGUUUUAAGUUUCAUCCAGUUCGGACAUAACGGGGGGACGAUAAACUCUUUGUUUUAACAUAGGUGCUUUCCAUGGAAGUGACUUCCCAAAUCACUGUUUUUUAUUUAUUUAAAAACAAAACAACAGAAGCAACAGCAGCACAACUCCAGACUUCCCCGAGAAACAUACGGUCCCGUUUGCCAGCAAGUUUAACCUCUGAGGUUGGCAGCUCUGUCUUUUCCCUUCAGCCACCAGGUCUGUCUCAGUCUUUAACCCGAAUAGUCUUAGAUUGGCUGAUAGACAUGCAUUGUGCCCCAUUCUCAGGUGUGCAGCCAGGUGGGAGGGUGGAUACAGACGUUUUAAACUUCAUAACAUUUGUGAGCAGAAAAAUGGGUUCCGACUAACUGCCGGAGUUCUGUUUUCUUUUUCCUUUUUUUUUUUUUUUAAAUACUGUACAUUUAGAAUGACGUUAAGACGAUAAAUAUAUAUAUAAAAUCACCUUGGAUCAUUCCAGACCUGCUUGUCCUGGUCUUUUAAAGUUGUCCCGGUUCCUCCCCACUUUUGCGUUAUUGAUUGCUGUCUUAUUCCGUUUCUUUGCAAAGUUUAUCCCUUCGUGUCGAAUGCUUGCUAUGAUUCUUUGGGGCCUUUUGUUCUUGGAUUUUCUCAAGGAAGUCUUACUCAGCCCAAAGAAAUAGAAAGCAUGGACCCCUUGACACGGUUCAGUUGAUUUUUAUUGAUUUAACUGACACGUAUUGCCUGACGCGUUUGUGUUUUUAUUUCGUCAUUGUGUGUUUUUUAACCGUUGACUCUUGCGAUGUUCACGGAGCAUCGUUGGGAAAUGCACAAGAAGGUGUUUUUCUAAGGUGCAGGAAAGGUAAACUGGAAUAAACAACAUUCAAAUAUA